GGCUACCUUUGUCAUUACCAGUGGAAUCCUACACGUUCGGUGGCUAGUUCCUUACCUAGUCGACAGGCCUUCUACCCUGACAAGUAGAUCCUAUCACACUAAUCAAACCGCCAAUCAGUCAUCUCCGCAGGAAUCGGCCAUCUCCGCGCCGAUGAUGAUAGUAUAUUAUAUUAGGUAACUAAGCUAAGAGCGGUAAAACUAAUUAUAAUAGGAAAUUCACAGGUCCCAGAAUUAUAAAUGUCACUGACCCCACAGUCACAAGUCCCUUGGUAGCAGUCACUUGCAAUCAUAGUGAGUAGGUAGACCUGUGACAGUCGCCAUGGGGGGAUGCACGAGGAAAGAUUGGGCCAUGUGGUGGGACUGGUUGGGCAGCAAUCGCAACUGACCUCAUCACAAAGGAACUUGAAGAUGGUUGCCCGCACUCUGCCCAUAUUGGCCUUUCUGCCAAUGUGUGCAAAUGGCGCCUACUCCUUACUUCAGCAGGGUCACUUCCGAGUCAGCCUUCAGGGCUCGGUUCGAAGCUGAGAAUGGAAGAAACUUUUCGGACCUACCUCACGUGGCAGCCAGUUCCUGGGGCCGAUCUCACCUGCUCGCAUGCCGUGUAGUACGGCGGGAGCCACUCCGCAGCAUUCUCCCGAUUCUAUCGCCGUAUAUUGUCCCGUCGGACUGGCAGCCAUCAUCGUCGAACGAGAUCGAUGCGUUCUUGCAAGGCCCUGAUUCGACCCUCAUGGCCCAGAGUGAGCACUAUCUGGUGAGAGGGUCUCAUUGUGGGCCCUCCCUGGGUCAAGUCUGGGCGGCAAUGGCCAUGUUCAAAGGGAGCCAGGGCCGACGCAGGCAGGGCAUAUCCGACCUCCAAAUGGAAGGCGAAGGUGGCGAUGAUAGUGAUAGCGACAGCGAUAGCGACACCGAAAUAAGAUCAAAGCGACCUAGACGGGGUACCUACCAAGGGGAGUUCGUCGACUCCAGUACAAUCCAAGUCGGCUCUAGCAGUCCAGUACAUGACAGCUCCCAGGGAUCAUCCUCCGUGGGUUACACUGACCCCGAAUCUCAUACUUUCGGUGUAGCUCCAGAGGAUGAAACCCUACGACUUGCAUCGUGUGUUAUUCGACAUAUCUUGUAUUUUGCACCGCCUCAGGAUUCGGUAUUGGAGCCGACUGUUGUUGAGUUUCGAGAUGCCAAAAUGAUAGCCAUUGACGAUGGUGGCCUCUGUUUGCGGCGGCAGGAGCCAGGUAAAGGCUUUCUGGUUGUGAAAGACCAUGUCGCACUUUUGGAAGCGAAGACUCAAUUUCAAUGUCUAAAGAACGGCCGACCAAUUAUCUCGGACAAGUGCUUUGCACAGAUGUUUGACAUUAGUGGAGAAUACGUUGAGGAGUUUGAGAAGAGCACACGUACACAUUUCUUGCACGUCAGCUGUACACCUUGGUUUGAUCUCAGUCAAAGAAGCGGAAGAGAGCACGUCGUGGCCAAUAUAUGUGGCAUAGUGCGCCGCGCGACGUCCUAA